AUGACAAGAGAAUUUCUUCCCAACACAAAUGCUCACUUGAUGAAUUGCUGGGAGUCGGAUCAAGAAGCUCUCAUUGACUUCAAGAAUGGUCUUAAUGAUCCUGCAAACCGGCUUUCUUCAUGGAAGGGAAGCAACUGUUGCCAACGGUAUGUACACCCUACUAUCAGUGGGGAUAUAAGUCCUUCAUUGAUGACACUGAAGUCCUUGAGACAGUUGGACUUGAGUUUAAAUGCAUUCAUUGACAACCUAAUUCCUGAAUUUCUUGGAUCUUUAAAAAAUUUGCAAUAUCUAAACCUUUCAAAUGCUGGGUUUAGUGGUGCAAUUCCUCAAAAUUUAGGGAACCUUUCUAGCUUGCAGUAUUUUGAUCUUGAUAAUAGUCUGACUUUGGAAUGGCAUUCGGGUUUAUACGUUGAUAAUCUUGAUUGGGUAACAGGUCUUGUUUCUCUUAUGCAUCUUGACAUGGAUGCAGUUGAUCUUUCAAAUGUAGGAUCACAUUGGAUUAUGAAACUAAAUAAGUUCUCAUCCUUAAUUGAGUUGCAUCUAUCUGAUUGUAGCUUAUCUGGUUCCAUUCCUCGUCUUACCUUUGAAAUCAGUUUGGGAUCGCUCUCAUUUUUGGGGUAUCUGAAUCUAUCAAACAAUGACUUCACUGGUAAGAUUCCCUACAAUGAUCAAAUGAUCACUUUCAGUGCAUCCUCUUAUGUUGGAAAUCAUGGCCUUUGUGGUAGUCCACUUGAUGUAAAAUGUCCAGGUGAUGAAGACGAUGAUGAUACAGAUAAGGGAUCAACCAUUCACAAGGAUAAUAGUAAUGGUGGCAGCUUCAUAGAUAAUUGGUUUUACCUGCAUGUUGGAUUGGGAUUUGCAGCAGGAAUUCUUGUUCCUUUUCUAGUUUUACCUAUGAUGGAAACAAUUACAGGUCUCCCACUAAUGUUACUGAUUUUCUGCCUUUCAAUUAUAGGUGAAUUUCUUCCCAACACUGAUGCUGAGGCGAUAAAUUGCUUGAAGUCAGACCGAGAAGCUCUAAUUGACUUCAAGAACGGUCUUCAUGAUCCUGAAAACUGGCUUUCUUCAUGGAAGGCAAGCAACUGCUGUCAAUGGCGGGGAAUAAGCUGUGAGAACACUACUGGAGCUGUUAUUGCAGUUGAUCUUCAUAAUCCUCAUCUGCAAGAUUUUGAUUCUUCUGGCAGGUAUGAACUCGGGAGCUUCAGUGGGGAAAUUAGACCUUCAUUAACAAAACUGAAGUCCUUAAGGCAUUUGGACUUGAGUUUCAACACAUUCGAUGACAACCCAAUUCCUGAAUUUUUUGGAUCUUUUAAAAAUUUGCAAUAUCUAAACCUCUCAAAUGCUGGGUUUAGUGGUUCAGUUCCUCCAAAUUUAGGAAACUUGUCUAGCUUGCAGUAUCUUGAUCUCGAGUCUUUGAGUUUACUUGUUGAUAAUCUUGCAUGGGUAAAAGGUCUUGUCUCUCUAAAGCAUCUUGUGAUGAAUGAAGUUGAUCUUUCAGAGGUAGGAUCAAACUGGAUAAAGUCCCUGACCAAUCUCCCAUUCUUAACUGAGUUGCAUCUAUCUGAGUGUAGUUUAUCUGGUACCAUUCCACCUCUCAUCUAUGUAAAUUUAACUUCUCUUGCUGUCCUAGAUCUCAGUUACAACAAGUUGAAUUCAAAAAUACCUAAUUGGCUUGUCAAUGUUACUAGCCUUGUUGCUUUUGAUAUAACCUUAAAUAACUUCUUUGGAAGAAUCCCACUCGGUUUUAGCAACCUUCCUAAUUUGCAGAGUUUAAUUCUUAGUAGUAACUACAAUCUUACAGCAAGUUGCUGCCAAUUGCUUAGAGGAAGAUGGGAGAAGAUAAGAGUUCUCGAUUUAGGGGGGAAUAAACUACAUGGGAAUCUUCCUGCUUCCAUUGGAAACAUGACAUUUCUCACCUACUUGAAUCUUGGUUCCAAUAAUGUUGAGGGUGAGAUUCCAAGCUCUAUUGGCAAACUCUGCAACCUGACGCAUUUCUUAAUGUCGGGUAAUAACCUGAAUGGAACUUUACCUGAAUUCCUUGAAGGAAUAAAAAAUUGCCUUUCUAAAAGGCCACUGGCUAGUCUGUUAAACUUGGACUUGUCACAAAAUCACUUGGUUGGUAAAUUACCACAAUGGCUUAGUCAGCUCAAGAGUCUCGUUGUUCUUAUUCUAGCAAGGAAUGAGCUAAAUGGAACUUUGCCAGAAAGUUUGGGACAACUUCCUGAUUUGUCUUAUCUCGAUGUUUCUUCCAAUAAUUUGAUGGGUACAGUUACUGAAACACAUUUUUCAAAGCUAGGGAAGCUAAACCUUUUGUAUCUAUCUUCGAACUCUUUCACCGUGAAUAUCAGUUCCAGUUGGGUUCCCCCAUUCCAACUCUGGUAUCUUGAUAUGCAUUCAUGCCAUUUGGGUCCUUCAUUUCCUGCGUGGCUUAAGUCACAAAAGCAAGUCAUAACUUUGGAUUUCUCAGAUGCUAACAUUUCUGGCUCCAUACCCAACUGGUUUUGGGAACAUUCCUCUAGCCUUUUAUGGUUGAAUGUUUCUUAUAAUCUGUUAGAAGGUCGUCUACCAAGUCCACUAAACUUAGCUUCAAAUGCAGUGGUUGAUUUCAGCUCAAACCUCUUCAAAGGGUCCAUUCCUCUUUCAGCCGGCAAAAUUUACUUUCUUGAUGUCUCCAAAAAUAAAUUUUCUGGUAUUAUUCCAGAUAACAUAAGUGGUUCCUUGGUUUUCCUCUCUAUUUCUGGAAACCAGAUAAAUGGAGAAAUCCCAGCUUCUAUAGGUAACAAUCCUGGUCUUCAAGUCAUUGAUCUUUCUAAUAACAACUUAACAGGAAGCAUUCCAUCAAGCUUUGCCAACUGUUUUUAUAUUAAAGCACUAGACCUUAGUAACAACAAUUUGUCUGGAAAAAUCCCUGCCAUCAUAGGUUACCUAAGUUUGCUUCAAACAUUGCACCUAAAUGACAAUAAGUUCUCCGGAGUGAUCCCGUCAUCUUUCCAGAACUUAGCAAGUUUGGAGACACUGGAUCUUGGAAACAACAGAUUAAUUGGUAGAAUUCCACCAUGGAUUGGGAAAGGUUUCGAAAGACUGAGAAUUCUUAGCUUGAGAGCCAAUGCAUUUUCAGGAGAACUUCCACCAGUGCUAUCAAAUUUAAGUUCGAUACAAGUUUUGGACCUGGCAAGAAAUCAGUUCCAUGGCAGCAUUCCAGCUAGUUAUGGAGAUUUCGAAGCUCUGAAACAGGAGCAAAUCAUAAACCAUUAUCUGCUUUAUGGGAUGUAUGGGACUACCUAUUAUAAAGAAAACUUUGUUGUAACUGUGAAAGACCAGUCUCAGAGUUUCAGCAAGAUCCUCUCCCUUUUAGUUGGCAUAGAUCUCUCAGGAAAUAAUUUGAGUGGAGAUCUUCCAAGAGAGAUAACAAAAUUGUCAGGUUUGGUGUUUCUGAACUUGUCCAGAAACCAUAUCAGCGGACACAUUCCCGAAAGCAUUUCAAAGUUGGAGCAAUUGUCAUCACUUGAUCUCUCAAGUAAUAAGUUCUCAGGUGCUAUUCCUCAAACUUUGGCAUCACUCUCAUUUUUGGGGUUCCUUAAUUUGUCAAACAAUAACUUCUCUGGUAGGAUCCCUUAUACAGAUCACAUGUCAACUUUUGAUGCACCUUCUUUUGUUGGAAACACUGGCCUUUGUGGCAUUCCACUUGAUGUAAAAUGUCCAAGUGAUGAUGAUGAUGAUGAUGAUCCAGAAAAGGGAUUGACUACUCCAAAGGCUAAUACAAGUGGUGACAGCUUUGUUGACAAAUGGUUUUGCUUGAGCAUUGGAUUGGGAUUUGCAGCAGGAAUUCUUGUUCCCUAUCUGGUAAUCACGAUGAAAAGGUCUUGGAGCGUAGCCUACUUCGAUGCUGUUGAGAGAGUUUUAGAUAGAAUACAAUAUCUGUGGUUGAAAUACAGAACCAGACAGCAGAGGAAUCGAGGGAGUAACCAAAGAAGAUAA